AUGGAUGAUACUACCACUGUUGCCGCGAAUUCCUCUGCACCGAAUGGUGGGAGCGAAAAUGAAACCUUACUACAGAAUAUGGUGGAUUUCCUUGGUGUGAUGUAUGGUAAUAAAAAAAUUCUUCAGAAGGAGAAAAAAACGCCCAAUGCCACACACACUGACCAGGUUGAAGAGAGCACGAAACGCUGUUUGAGCAAGCGAGCAAAUAUAUAUAAAAAGUCCCUUGGAGCCCUGCAGCCUUUCUUUGAUUCCACAGAAAAAAUUCCACCUCAAGAGGUAUCGGUCGCAAAAGAGAUGAAGCGGUCAAAGAGCGCAGGCGAGAACGACUACGUUGGGCGAUUAUUAAAUCAUCUUGUGCGGACAUACUCCACGCAAAUGGACCUUGAUGAUGGCGUCGUCGCGGGUGGUGAGGGGCGGAAGAAUUCUAUUAUCAACGGCGACGAGAAGCGAGCGUCCAACGGAUUCCUUUCUUCGGGAAACAUCUCGAAAAAAAACAUUGAUAUGUUAAAUUUUGUAAACCAGACUUUGGAUGGCUUCUUGAGACCUAAUGCCCGACAGCGAUCGGCGGUUUCUAUGCUGUCCGAACUUGAGAUGGACACCAACUUUUCGCGAUUGCUUUCUUUCCAUACUCACAGUAAUUUGCAAAAUAAUAUUGAUGAUCUUGAUAAGACAACUGAACCUUUAAAGCCUAAGUUUAUUGGGGAGCAGGCGAUCUUUAAAUCCAUCCGAUCUUUCACAAAAAGCAAAUCGAACAACCUCCCUGCAUGUCAAUCACUCGCAAAGGAAAUACUCCAGUCAAACUUACCAAGCAUCCGAAGGGGGAUCUCGACGGUAGGCAAAUCGGCCUGCCGGGCUUUGCAAAGUCUAACGUUGGAUUCUAAACAGCUGAACAAAUUACGUCGUAGUGUUUCCUGGAAUAACUCCUCGGAGGAUAAAAAGACAAGAAGCCUUUCAUCCCUGAAUGGCGUCGAUCUUUGCGUGUCUAUGAAUGAACUGAUGAACCAGGAGGAGCUCAGUCGGAAUAUCUUUCUUGCCCUGGAGCAGCAGCUACGAGACUACAUUAUAUCCGCCUACGGCAUCAAAAAGAAGUAG